AUGUCCGAGCCCUACGACCCCUACAUCCCCGGCUCGAACCCCAACCAGCCAGGCGGCGGACCCGGUCCCUCUGCCUCCGGUUCUGGUGCGGGUGGGAAGGCGAAUGACAAGACGGCCAAGAUUCAGCAGCAGAUUGAUGAUACGGUUGGGAUCAUGAGGGAGAACAUUACAAAGGUUGCGGAGAGGGGGGAGAGGUUGGAUGCGUUGCAGGACAAGACGGACACGCUCGCCCAGAGCGCACAAGGCUUCCGCCGCGGCGCCAACCGGGUCCGCAAGCAGAUGGACAUGAAGAUGAGGAUCUUGAUUGCUGUCGCUAUUGCCGUCCUCGUCAUCGUCAUCGUCGUCCCGAUUGUCGUCAAGAAAUAG